AUGAGUGGUAACGAUAGAAAGAUCAAGAUAGCUUUCAUUCACCCGGAUCUUGGUAUCGGCGGUGCAGAAAGGUUAGUUGUCGAUGCCGCGUUGGGUUUGCAACAGCAAGGUCAUAACGUCACCAUUUACACCAGCCAUUGUGACAAAUCACAUUGUUUUGAAGAAAUCAAAAGCGGUCAAUUGAAAGUCGAGGUCUAUGGUGAUUUCUUGCCAACACACUUUCUAGGCCGUUUCUUUAUUGUUUUUGCCACAAUCAGACAACUUUAUUUAGUAAUGCAAUUAAUCUUUAACAAAAAAGUGAAUGCCUACCAACUAUUUAUAAUCGAUCAGUUAUCGACAUGCAUCCCACUUUUGCAUAUGUUUAGUUCUGCCACUUUGAUGUUUUAUUGCCAUUUCCCUGAUCAAUUAUUGGCUCAAAGAACUGGGUUAUUGAAGAAAUUAUAUAGACUUCCAUUUGAUCUAAUAGAACAGUUUUCAAUAAGCGCUGCGGAUACUGUCGUCGUGAAUUCAAAUUUCACAAAGAACACCUAUCACAAAACAUUCAACUUUUUAUCCAAUGAUCCAGAUGUUAUUUAUCCAUGUGUAGAUUUAUCACCCAUGGAAAUAGAAGGUAUUGAUAAAGAAUUCAUCAAGACUAUACUAAAUGAAGGUGAUAGAUUCUAUUUGAGUAUAAACCGUUUUGAAAAGAAAAAGGAUAUUGCGUUGGCCAUAAAGGCCUUUGCACUAUCUGAAGACCAAAGUAAUGAAAACGUUAAAUUGGUUAUUUGCGGUGGCUAUGAUGAAAGAGUCGCUGAAAAUGUGGAAUACCUUAAGGAACUGCAAGGUUUGGCCGACGAAUAUGAGUUGUCUCACACAACCGUGUAUUACCAAGAAAUAAAGCGCGCUUCUGAUUUAGAAUCAUUCAAAGCCAGCCAUACAAAAAUCAUAUUUUUGACCUCCAUUUCAUCAUCCUUGAAGGACUUAUUGUUGGAAAAAACAGACAUGUUAUUGUAUACACCUGCAUAUGAACAUUUUGGUAUAGUCCCGUUAGAAGCAAUGAAAUUGGGGAAGCCAGUACUGGCUGUAAAUAAUGGCGGUCCAUUGGAGACUAUCGAGCCGUAUGUCGCUGGCGAAAAUGAAGCACACGCCACGGGGUGGCUAAAGCCUGCUGUUCCCAUUCAAUGGGCUACUGCCAUUGACCAAAGCAGGCAGGUUUUGAAAAAUGACAAGGUGGACUUCAAGAAGAAUGGUCCAUUGAGAGUUAAAAAAUACUUUUCUAGAGAAGCAAUGACCCAGUCAUUUGAAGAAAACAUUGAUAAAGUCAUAUGGAAGGAAAAGAAAUAUUACCCUUGGGAAGUGCUUGGAGUUUCGCUCUUUAACUUCCUCUUGCACAUGUCAUUUAUAAGGAUUUUCCCUAAUGAUCCAUGGCCCUUCCUGGUUAUGGCUGCCGUUAUGGUCCUUUAUUUUAAGAACUACUUAUGGGGUAUUUACUGGGGGUUUAUAUUUGCUUUGUCAUACCCUUAUGAAGAAGUGUAA